AUGAAGAGAUUGUGGGCUAAGUAUCGACAAUCUCGAGAUGAAGAUCAUGAAGAGAUGUGUACUACUAAUGCUCUUGUGGUAGCAGCAGUUGCUGAAGCUGAAGCAUCCUCCGGAUCAAGACGACGGGGUUCUCAACUGGGGCGUGCACUGAAUGAGGAGCGAUUUAGGGAAUUAAGAGGGAAAAACAAGAUGGAAGAUUACUUUGUGGAGCGUCCAGUUUUCAGCGAAGAGGUAUUCCAGACACGCUAUGACCAGUACUUUGUCCAUAAAUCAGAUGCUGCUAAGAAAGUCGGACUACUUCCCCAGCAGAAGCUGACAUGUUCCUUAAGAAUGCUUGCUUAUGGUGUCGGGGCAGAUCAAUGCGCUGAGUAUUGUCGGAUGGCGAAAUCUACCUCUAUCGAGACUCUGAAAUGA